AUGUCGUUCAUCCCACUCCUCACUACCUCUUUGAAAGGUUUCGCUGCGUUUUGGUCAUUAGUCUUAUUUGCUGUGUCGGCUGCUUUCAUCUCCAAAUCGAACUCUUACUUCGGCUCGGGUCCAGUCAACGCCUCAAAUUUCGCAGCUGGAAAUGCAUUGAUUGCGGGUGGUAUAUUGUUCCUCAUUUAUCUUGGUGUAGCCCUAUUCUUCAUCUUCCGUUUCCCCGACCACAUCCUGAUCUCAGUAAUGGUCGAUACCAUAAUGUUUGGUAUCUUCUUCAUCUACUUCCUAGCUUCGACUGCCGCACUCUCAACCGAAGCUUCCUUUUUCUCACGAUGGGAUGAUAGAGAUACUUGGGCUUCUCUGGGUAACGCUGCUGUGGGAUUAGGCUGGGUGAUGACUUUCCUUGUCCUCGGUAUCUUCCUUCUCGAAGUGAUCUACACCCUCAAACACUUCGGUGGUGAGUACCCCACAUGGCGAACACCUUUCAACCAACUUGUAGCCUACGGUGCUCCAGGUUCAUCCAACAAGGCAGGUACAGAAACAGGUGUUGCUUCAGCUGUGCCUAUGACCACGACUACACCGAAUGUCGCCACUCAACACACAUACCAAUCCAAUGCUCAACAAGCUUAUUCCGCUCCGGCAUCCGCUCCAGCUGGUCAACAAGCCACAGGUGAGCCUGAUGAACAUCAUCAUAUAAUCACUCCUUACACACAUCAAGGGAAUGGUCAAGGUCAGGGACAACAAGUUAAUGAAAAAUUGUCACCUUAUCAAGGUCAACUUCCACCCGGUGCUGCUGCGUAA